AUGAGUAGGAAAACAAAAAAAGUCCAACCAGACUGGUUACAAUACGAACAAGAAAAUGACUCUAUUGAUACUAGGUACGAGACAGACAGUAAUAGUGAUAGUGAAGCAUUGAACAAUUCUCAGGAGGAGCUCAGCGUAUCAGAAUAUUCUGAUAGCGAGGUUGAAAAUGAAUCAUCUGAUUAUUAUUCAGAUGAUUACAACAACAACAACAAUAACAAUAGUAGUAGUAGUAGUAAAAAUGAUUGUAAUGAAGAUGGAGAUGAUGGAGAAACUCUACUAGGGAAAGAUAAAAAAACUGUGUGGUCUACUAAUGCUCCAAAUAAAAAAAAGAAAACUGCCAAACAUAAUAUAGUGCUUCGCCUGUCCAAUGUAAAAAAAAUCGCGCAGUCAACGACCACUCCAUUGGAUUGCUGGAAAUUAUUUUUUCCAGAAGAUUGUGUGCAAGAAAUAGUUAAGUUUACAAAUAUACAUUUAGAGAAGAUAAGACCUAACUAUCAAGAUAUUUCAGCUGUUCGUCCGACUACUGUUGAAGAAAUGCAUGCUUUUAUUGGCUUACUGUAUCUUCUCGGACUGUAUAAAGUAUCACAUUUAAAUUUAAGAGAAUUCUGGACAUCAGAUGGUACUUCGCCGGAUUGUAUCAAAGCUGUUAUGAGUUUGAAUCGUUUUCGAGCGAUUAUGUCAGCUGUAAGAUUUGAUAAUCCUGAUGAUCGAGAAGAACGGAAGAAAACAGAUAAUCUAGCUGCUGUUCGUGAUUUUUCUUCUGGGUUUAUUCAGAGGUGUUCAGAAAAUUAUUCUGCCGGAGCUUAUACAACUAUUGAUGAGAUGCUGGAAGCCUUCAGAGGAAAAUGUAAAUUUAGACAAUAUAUUCCUAGUAAGCCUGCGAGAUAUGGCAUUAAAAUCUAUUCUUUAGUAGAUUCUAAGUCGUUUUACACCUUGAAUAUGGAAAUAUACUGUGGCAAGCAGCCACCCGGUCCUUACGAACAACCAAAUUCAUCAUUUCAUUUGGUGAAACGACUAAUAACACCGAUAUCUGGGACUGGUAGACACGUAACCUGUGAUAACUUUUUCACGUCUAUCCCAUUGGCUGAGGAUCUAUUGAAAACUCACAAAACAACGCUCGUUGGAACAAUUCGAAAAAAUAAAAGAGAACUUCCACCUGAAAUCGUAAAUGUAAAAAAAAGAAAUCUCUGUAGUAGCAAGUUUAUUUUUAAAGACGAUUGCACGGUUGUGUCAUAUGUUCCAAAAAAAAAUAAAAAUGUCAUCUUGUUAUCAACGCUUCAUCAAUCGGAUACAAUUGAUGACGAUUCAGGUUCUAAAUUAAAACCUGAGAUAUUAACAUUUUAUAAUAUGACCAAAGGAGGUGUUGACGUUGUCGAUGAAUUAAAAGGUAGCUAUUCUGUAGCACGUGAAACAAACAGGUGGCCUAUGGUGAUUUUCUUUUCAUUUUUAAAUAUUGCUGGAAUGAAUGCUCAAAUAAUUUGGUCGCAAAAUACUAAAGAAAAAAUAGAACGUCGUAAGUUUAUAAGAAAAUUGAGUGUACAGCUGAUUCAACCACAUCUUAUUACUCGGAGCAAAGUACCUACUCUUUCAGCAGAAUUAAAAAACACCAUCCUCAAGGUGGGCAACAUACCGAUGCAAGCUGUUGAAACUAAUUCAACAAAACAAGUGUGCCGAUUUUGUCCACGUCAAAAAAACAGUUACUCUAAAAAAUCUUGCUCUAUUUGUGGGUUAACUAUUUGCCCGAAACAUGCUACUCUUAUGUGUCCGCAAUGUCAGGAAAUCUUGACUGAAACUGAUGGUGACUGA